GUGUAAGGCAUAAUAGAUUUAUGUCCAUAAUGUGCAUGCUGUCUCAAUUUUUUACAGAUUUAUGCAAAAUCAUAAUGAAAACACCUUGAGAAUGGAUGUUAUUUGUACUGAUUUGAACACAGGAUAUUUCCAGAUGGAAAAUGAGGCAUGCUUCUAAGAAGCAUAUUGACCAUGAGGAAGCCCACGUGUUACUGACCAGUUUUUACUAGUCCUGCCGAAGAAAAUGAAGCCACGUUUCAGCUUUGCCGAUCCUUUUCCCACCCUGUUGGCUGAAUGAGAAAUGGUUGUGUGAUUAUGCUGACAGCCCAGCAUGCAUUUGGUAGACCUGUGGUUAACUCGUUCCCUCUCCAUGUGUCUGCUCUUACAAAGUUUUGUCCUCAUGAUACUGUGCUUUCAUUCUGCCAGUAUGUGCCCAAAAGGCUGCCUCUGUUCCCACUCUGGAGGUCUGAACGUCAGCUGUAGCAAUGCAAACCUCAAGGAAAUACCCAGAGAUCUUCCUCCAGAAACAGUCUUACUUUAUUUGGACUCCAAUCAGAUAACAUCUAUCCCCAACGAAAUUUUUAAGGACUUGCACCAAUUGAGAGUCCUCAAUUUAUCAAAAAACGGGAUUGAGUUUAUAGAUGAACAUGCCUUCAAAGGGGUGGCAGAAACCUUGCAGACUCUGGAUUUGUCUGACAACCGGAUUAAAAGCGUGCACAAAAACGCUUUCAACAACCUGAAGGCCAGGGCCAGAAUUGCCAACAACCCCUGGCACUGUGACUGCACGCUGCAGCAGGUGCUGCGGAGCAUGGCCUCCAACCACGAGACGGCCAACAACGUCAUCUGCAAGACCUCUGUGCUGGACGAGCACGCCGGGAGACCCUUCCUCAACGCUGCCAACGAUGCCGACCUCUGCAACCUCCCUAAAAAGACUACUGACUACGCCAUGCUGGUCACCAUGUUUGGCUGGUUCACCAUGGUGAUCUCCUACGUGGUUUAUUAUGUCCGACAGAACCAGGAGGACGCAAGGAGGCACCUUGAGUACUUGAAAUCCCUGCCAAGCAGGCAAAAGAAACCAGAUGAAGCCGAUGACAUUAGCACUGUGGUAUAGUAUUCUGAAUACAAUGACUGCCUUUGUGAUGGAAGCUAGAGCUGGAUGAUGCUGAAACCAGAGGUUUACUUCUAACGUUCAUUGUAAACAUUAAGACUUUUGGGGCUUUUUCUUCCUGUUUAACUGAAUAACGCCACUGUUGAGCUUUCUAACAGAAAGUUUUGUCUGGGUGGUAAACUUCAAUUAUUUCUCUGGUGGUAUCCUAAAGCAAGUGAACUAAUAUGUAAACAUUAGUUUAGACCCAUUCCACUAUUUAAUAACGAAAUUUAUUUUUUUAAUUUAAAAACCAAAUAAAAGCUUAAAUUUGAACCAUGUAAA